CAUUACUGUUACUCUAAGAUGGCAACUCAUCGCGAAUGUGCCAAUUGAAUCUUAACAAGGUGAAAAAGUCAGUGGUUGUAUUUGAUUAACAUUUUAUUAAAAAGUAGGUAUUUUGGCAAACAAAGAAAGGCAUGCAUCUACAGAGGACAAACAUAGGUACACAGUAAGGGUUUUAGAAUGGAAAUGUUUUCGGUAUUGACUGCAUGGUGCCUCGGACUCCGUACGUGGAAUCAUCGUAGAGAGAGGAGACAUAAGAUCUGAGACCCUAAGAUGAGCAGACCCCAGGAUGAGUUGGCAGAGGAGGGGGAGGAGGUGUUCAGGAACCUUACAGAGGUAAAGAAGAGCCAGAUAGUGAUGCCCUGCCAUGCCAACCACCGGCAGGAGCUCAGUGUGGGUCAGCUGCUCAAAUGGAUGGACUCUACAGCCUGUCUUUCAGCUGAAAGGCAUGCUGGGUGUCCUUGUGUCACCGCCUCGGUCGAUGACAUCCACUUUGAACACACUAUUGGGGUUGGACAGGUGGUCAACAUCAAGGCCAAAGUCAACCGAGCUUUCAACACCAGCAUGGAGGUUGGCAUCGUGGUGAACUGUGAGGACCUGUUCAGCGAUAGCCACUGGAGGGUGUGUCAGGCAUUUGCCACGUUUGUCACCCAGCGCACUACGGGAGGGAAGGUGCAGCUGCGUCCGUUGGUCCCCUGUACUCAGGCGGAGCAGGUGGAGCACAGCCUAGCAGCUGAGAGGAGGAGGAUGAGGCUGGUCCACGCUGACAUCAUGAAGGACCUGCUCACCAACAGGGCCUUUCAACAAGUGGAGGUCCAGGAGGCUGAGAAGGCAGUGCCAGCAGAGAGGACGCAGGUAGAGAGUGUAGAGUUGGUUCUCCCUCCUCAUGCCAACCACCAGGUCAACACGUUCGGAGGACAGAUCAUGGCCUGGAUGGAGAACGUGGCUACUAUCGCUGCUAGUCGUCUGUGUAACGCCCACCCCACCCUGCGGAGCAUUGACAUGUUCCAUUUCAGGGGUCCCUCACAAGUGGGCGACCGGCUGGUCCUCAAAGCCAUCGUAAACAACGCAUUCAAGAACAGCAUGGAGGUGGGCGUGUGUGCAGAGGCCUAUCAGGGGGAGGAACCUCUGAGGCACAUCAACAGCGCCUUCAUGAUCUUUGAGGUCUGCGACAGGGAUGGCAAGCCCUGCACGUUGCCAAAAAUACAACCUGAACCCCUGGAGGGAAGGAGACGUUAUCAGGAGGCCAUCGCUAGAAAGAAAAUACGACUUGACAGGAAGUACAUAAUAUCCUGCAAGCAGACCGAGGUGCCCUUAUCUGUACCGUGGGACCUCAGUAACCAGGUGUACCUGAGCUACAACAACGUGUCUGCUUUGAAGAUGCUGGCUACCAGAAACAACUGGGUGUUAAACUCUGAGAAAAACAAGGUGAGCCUGUACACCCUGGAGCAGAAGCAGGUGUUGAGUUUUAAGAUUGAGUUUGAGGCAGACGUCCCGGCUGAGAGGGCCUUCAUGGUGCUCUCUGACCUCGGCAAGAGAGUGGAGUGGGAUCCAAACUACGAGAGGUGUGAGCUGAUUCGUAAGGUGGACGAUGAUGACUUUCUGUACCGCGUGGUGACUCCCUCCAUAUGCCGGGGUGGGGUCAGUUGCAGCUCUUCAGCCAAUCAGGGAGGGAUGGUCCAGGACUUCAUUCUCCUGGCCUCCAGGAGACCACCGUGUGACAGCGGGGACCCUUAUGUUAUUGCUCUGCGUUCGGUCACUCUACCCACACACCCUCCUACAGAGGGCUACAACAGAGGGGAGGUGCUGUGUGCCGGCUUCAGCAUCAUGGAGGUCUCCAACACUGUAUCCAAGAUCUCCUACUUCAACCAGGCGUCUCCCGAGGUCCUGCCCUACAUCUCCACAGACAUCGCCGGGCUCUCCUCCAGCUUCUACAGCACCUUCUGCACCUGUAGUACCUUCCUCCAGGACAACAGGGACAACCCUAACCCCAAAGACCAACCACCCUCCUCCACACUGAAUAGUACACUACUGUAACCC